CGAAAGCAUUGCGCCUACUCAGCUACUGACCAAAACAAAGCCAUGUGUGCAGAGAAAACAGUCGUGAUUGACGGUUUCACAGUGUUACAAACAAAGUUUCAAGAGUCGAGUAAACCAGGACACAGCCUUUAUGUAAAGGAACACCAGGGAAGAGCCAGUACACGACCUAAAGACAAGACAUUGUUUGUUGUAAAUGUACCGCCAUACUGCACACAGGUGAGCAUAAGAAAGGUGUUCUCUGCGUUUGGAGAAGUGAUCAAGGUUUAUAUGUAUGACAAGCCUCACAAUGAGGAUAAACAGCUGAACCAGUCCAAGUAUUUUCCAGACACCCCACAAGUCAAGGGUUUUAAGGUGGCCUACGUUGUCUUCAAGAAGGCUUCGUCAGUUCAGAAAGUCAAGUCUCAUCCUCACGACAAAAUUCUCACCCUUUCCUCCGACGAGGCCCCUAUUCUGACUGGAAUCAAAAAAUGGCAGAAAGAGUACAGAGAUAAUGUUUGUGACACACAAGAGCUACAAACAGAAAUAGAUGAAUACAUGGCAGCUCAUGAUGAAGAACAGGAGAGAGAGAAGAGGCUGGCUCUGGAACAGGAGGGGGUGCCGGACGAAGACGGCUGGGUCAAGGUGACCCGGCACGGCAAAAACAAGGGGGCCCCUCGAACAGAAACAAUGGAAAAGAAGGUUACAGCUAAAGACAAAAGGAGGCAGACGGAAAAGGAACUGAAGAAUUUUUAUGCUUUUCAAAUGAGAGAGUCCAAAAGAGACAGUAUUGCUGAAUUGCGCAAGAAGUUUGAAGAAGAUAAACAGAGAAUUUCUUUAAUGAAAGCAUCAAGAAAAUUUCGACCUUAUUAAAAACAUGUAUGCAUAUA